AUGUCGCUCGAGAAGAUCACGACCAUCUCUCCCAUCACCAACAAGCCAAUCGUCACACGCAAUGGCCUCUCAGAUGCUGAUUUGCAGUCUCUCCCUGAGACGGCUGCAACGGCAUUUGAAUCCUAUCGACGCACGUCACUCUCUGAGAGGCAAGCGAUUGUUAAGAAGGCAUUGAAGCUGCUAAAUGAACGCCAAGAUGUUUUGGGUAAAGAGAUCACAGAACAGAUGGGUCGCCCCAUUGCCUAUACUGCCAAGGAGGUCAGCACGGCGGUUAUGCGCGGCGAGUACCUGCUCAAAAUUAGCGAUGAUACGCUCAAGGACACGGACGGCGAACCAGAGAAGGGGUUCAAGCGCUACAUCAAGAAAGUCCCUCUUGGUCCCGUGUUGAUUCUAUUUCCGUGGAAUUACCCAUAUCUGACUCUCAUCAACUCGCUAGUGCCUGCUCUGCUUGCAGGAAAUUCCGUCAUUUUGAAGCCAUCGCCACAGACGCCAACGAGUGCCGAGCAGAUUCAACAGAUUUUCAAGGAAGCUGGCCUUCCUGAUGGUGUGCUUCAAAUCUUCCACUGUGGAUCCGUCACUCAGAUUGAGUCGAUUGCACGAUCGCCAAAGAUUCAGCUUGUUUGCUUCACCGGAUCAGUAGCCAAUGGUCUCGCCAUUCAACAAGCUGCAAAUGACAGGGUUCCACUCCGGAUAGGACUUGAGCUAGGAGGGAAGGAUCCCGCUUAUGUUCGUUCUGAUGUCGAUGUCAAAUGGGCUGCAGAGGAGCUCGUAGAUGGUGCAGUCUUCAACUCAGGCCAGAGUUGCUGCAGUGUUGAGAGAAUCUACGUGGACGAGAAAAUCCAUGAUGAGUUCGUAUCAGCACUUCAAGAGGUGCUCAAGGGGUACAAGCUCGGCGAUCCAUUUGACAAGAGCACGCAUGUUGGUCCCGUGGUCUCCAAGAGAUCUGCAGAGACUAUCCGUGAGCACGUCAAAGACGCUCUGGAAAAGGGAGCCAAGGAUGCUACCCCGGAAAAUGCGACAUUCCAGAACCCGCCUGCAGACGGAAACUACGUCGCUCCGACCCUGCUGACAAACGUCAACCAUGAGAUGAUAGUGAUGACUGAGGAAACGUUUGGCCCUGUUAUUCCGGUCAUGAAGGUCAAGAAUGACGCAGAAGCAAUCAAGCUCAUGAAUGACAGCCAAUUUGGACUUACAGCUAGCAUUUGGACUAAGGAUGUUAACAAAGGCCAUGAACUCGCCGAUGAUGUUGAAGCUGGUACCGUCUUUGUCAAUCGAUGCGAUUACCCCGCACCGGACCUGGCAUGGGUUGGCUGGAAAAACUCUGGCCGAGGUCAGACUCUCAGCAGGUUCGGCUUCGACCAAUUCGUUAAGCUCAAGAGCUACCAUGUCAAAGAUUACCCAAAAUAG